UCCAACACCAGAAGGCAACAGGAGCAGGUUGUCGUGCUUUAGGAUUGUAAAGAGGAGAGAUUGACCUGUGGUUUUGAGAGGAUGAUAAAAUAAGGAAAGAAAGGGUUGGAGGAUGACAGGAUCCAGACACCGGAUAUUCACGCACACUGAGGAGAAGAGCAGUCUGGGUCACACAGUCAAAAAGAACGUCAGAGUCUUCCACUUCCUUUAGCCGACAUGAGAAAACUUACCCCUAAACCCUGCAGACUCAUUCAGGCUUGCUGAUCCUGAAGUGUGUUGUUGUUGUUUUGUUGUGUGCUGACUGAGAUAUUGGAGAGGAGCCAUAGCCAGCGGAACCGUACGGAUAUCCUCCUCAGGAGACACAGUGGACCCAGGCAGGAUGGGACUACGACCCAGAGCCAGAUCAGGUGGAGAAACAAACAGGCUGGGACCCAGAGGAACCCCCACAGGGUUGAGGCUGGGACCCAGAGGAACCCCAACAGGGCUGAGGCUGGGACCCAGAGGAACCUCCACAGGGUUGAGGCUGGGACCCAGAGGAACCCCCACAGGGCUGAGGCUGGGACCCAGAGGAACUCCCACAGGGCUGAGGCUGGGACCCAGAGGAACCUCCACAGGGUUGAGGCUGGGACCCAGAGGAACCCCCACAGGGCUGAGGCUGGGACCCAGAGGAACUCCCACAGGGCUGAGGCUGGGACCCAGAGGAACCUCCACAGGGCUGAGGCUGGGACCCAGAGGAACUCCCACAGGGCUGAGGCUGGGACCCAGAGGAACCUCCACAGGGCUGAGGCUGGGACCCAGAGGAACCUCCACAGGGCUGAGGCUGGGCCUGUGGAUCCUGUGUUUCAGCUGGUUCUGCUUCACUGCUCACGCUCAGAUGAAGAUACCGCCUGAGACGGUCCAGUUUUGGGCUAAUAUCCUUUCAGUGCAACUACGCGAGACUACCACAAGAUACUCUGGAGCUAACAUUCUACAAAAGAAACUCAAAGAUGUGGAAUCCAUUAUUAAGAUAGUGGACAUCGAUGGGAGAGAUCAAGUGAGGGACUUUGCAGAGGACAUGGAGAGAAUGCUGGGGUCCAAGAUGAAGUCAGUUAAGAGGUUGGCUGAGUCUGCGGAGGAUGCAGAUUUGUACCACGACUUCAACAAAACGCUAGAGUUUGACUACUAUAACUCCAUGCUGGUGAACACAGCAGAUGAAGAUGGUAACUUCAUAGAGCUGGGUGGUGAGUUUCCUCUGGAGAAGAAUAAGCAUUUCAACAACCUGCCAGUCAACACACUGCAGAGUGACGUACAGGUUCCAACCAAUGUCUACAACAAAGAUGCCUACAUCCUCAAUGGAAUCUACUGGUCGGAGGCUCUGAAUGACGUGUUCAUGAACAACUUCCAGAAAGACCCCACCCUCACCUGGCAGUACUUUGGCAGCUCCUCGGGAUUCUUCAGAAUCUACCCUGGUAUCAAAUGGACUCCAGAUUCGAAUGGUGUGGCUGCGUUUGACUGCAGGAACCGUAACUGGUAUAUCCAGGCUGCCACCUCACCAAAGGACAUUAUUAUCGUGGUGGACAUCAGUGGCAGUAUGAAGGGUCUGAAGAUGACCAUCGCCAAGCACACCAUCAACACCAUCCUGGACACACUGGGGGAGAACGACUUUGUCAACGUCAUCGCUUACACUGACUACGUUCGCUACGUAGAGCCAUGCUUCAAAGGCACCCUGGUGCAGGCUGACUUGGACAACCGCGAGCAUUUUAAGGUGCUAGUGGAUGAGCUUCACGUGAAGGGAGAGGGAAAAGUUGCAAAGGCCAUGAAAGAAUCCUUCAAAAUCCUGAAUGAGGCUGCGACCAGGGGCCAGGGCAGCCUGUGUAACCAGGCCAUCAUGCUGAUCACAGAUGGAGCCAUGGAGGAUUUCAAAGACGUGUUUGAAGAGUUCAACUGGCCUGAUCGCAGGGUGCGCCUCUUCACUUACCUUAUUGGCAGAGAGAUGACCUUUGCGGACAACACCAAGUGGAUCGCCUGCAACAACAAGGGUUACUACACACACAUCUCCACUCUGGCUGACGUGCAGGAGAAUGUCAUGGAGUACCUUCACGUCCUGAGCCGACCAAUGGUCAUCAAUCACAAUCAUGACAUCAUCUGGACCGAGGCUUACAUGGACACUGUGCUCUUCGCCACAAAGGCUCAAAGUUUACUUCUCAUGACCACAGUGGCAAUGCCUGUCUUCAGCAAGAAGAAAGAGACGCUGAGCCAUGGGAUCCUGCUGGGGGUGGUGGGUUCUGACAUCCCCCUGUUGGAGGUAAUGAAGCUGGCUCCCAGAUAUAGGCUGGGUCCCCAUGGUUACGCUUUCCUCAUCACCAACAACGGGUACAUCCUGGCGCACCCUGACCUACGACCUCUGUACAAAGAAGGUAAGACGCUGAAGCCCAAGCCUAACUACAACAGUGUGGACCUGGCUGAGGUGGAGUGGGAGGACAUAGAUGAGAUACUAAGGACAGCCAUGGUGAAAGGGGAGAUGGGCACUCUGUCUUUAAACGUGAGAGCAUCAGUGGACAAAGCGAAAAGGCCUUUGUUCUUAACAAAUGACUAUUUCUACACAACCAUCAACGACACCCCAUUCAGUUUUGGUAUGGUUCUGACAAGGGGUCACGGACAGCUGAUGUUCAUGGGGACAGUCUCUGUGGAAGAAGGCCUGCAUGACCUGACGUCCCCUGAUCUAUCCAUAUCCAAUGAGUGGACGUAUUGUGAGACAGACAUUGAUCCUCACCACCGCAAAUACUCUCAGCUUCAGGCUGUCAUUCGCUACCUGCAGGGGAAGGAGCCUGACCUGGAGUGUGACGAGGUGCUGCUGCAGCAGACUCUGUUUGAUGCCGUAGUGACAGCCCCCUUAGAAUCCUACUGGCAGGCCAUCAUGCUCAAUGCAUCUGGGAUGGAGAUGGGUGUGGAGACAGCCUUUCUGGGAACCCGCUCUGGCCUUAUCCGGCUUACCAGAUACACUGGCAUAGAGACCAGGGUCGCCAAAAAGUUCUUGACUCCAGCUGAUAAGGACAACCUGUUUACCGUGGACCAUUUCCCCCUGUGGUACCGCCUGGCCAUGGAGAACCCCCCUGGACGCUUCCUCUACUACAUCCCUGUGGAGGACAAAGACAACAGAGACAAGACAGGGACGUCAAAGUAUGUCAUAGCCGCCACAGCUGUGACUGUGUCAUCGGGAGGCAAGAUGGCCAUGGCUGGAGCCAUUGGGGUGCAGAUGUCCUUGGAGAUGCUGGAGAAGAGGCUAUGGACCAUUGCCUUUCAGCCCGCUGACACAGACUGUACUGACGUGGAAGGUGUCUGCCCUCUCAGCUGCCAGAGCACUGAUGUCAACUGUUUCCUUGUGGACAGCAAUGGCUUCAUCAUAGUCUCUAAAGAGAGGUCAGAGGUCGGACGUUUCUUUGGGGAAGUGGACGGGUCUGUGAUGGCAGCGUUGAUUAAGUCGGGCAUGUACAAGAAGGUGUCGUUGUAUGACUACCAGGGAAUGUGCAGAUCAGGACACAGUCAUUCCAGUAGUGCUCGCCCUCUGCUCAGCCCUUUCUAUGGCCUUGCUGCAGUGAUUAAAUGGUUCUUCUCUCACAUGUUGAUGUUCUUACUGGAGUUCAACUUCUGUGGGCUGUGGCACUCGGAUUACGUUGUAGACGCCAAGGCUGGCUACCAUACAUCCCAUAAAGCAAAGAGGACAGACGCGUUGCAGCCCUGUGACACAGAGUACCCUGGCUUCAUGUUAGACAACUCCAUCAAAGAGACCAACAGCCUCCUCAAAUGUGGACGCUGUCAGAAGAUGUUUGUGGUGCAGGCAGUCCCUGACAGUAACCUGGUGUUGAUGGUGGUUCAGGCGGACUGUGACUGCUCCCGGCAGUACUCCUCCAUCACCCUGGAGCCCAAAGAGGUCAAAUACAACGCAUCAGUCAAGUGUAACAGGAUGAAAUCUCAGAAAGUCCGGCGGCGCCCAAAGUCCUGCCAUGCCUACCAUCCUAAGGAAAAUGCCAAGGACUGUGGAGGAGCGUCAGAGAUCAGCCUAUCGGUGGCGCUCUUCUUGGCUUCUCUGGCUACCUCAUUGGCCCUGCGCAGAUGGACUUAACUAGGCUCCAUCUCUCUUAUGGCCUGUGGUUCUCCGAUGGACAUGAGAAUGUAGACUAAACAAUCUUAACAUUCCGUUUUUGUACAUUUUCUAAAAGAACCUAUAACUAGGUAAAUAACCUACUAACACAGUAGUUCAAGUCAACUCUGGAGUAACAAUAAAAGGGCUAUUUUCUCAUAAGACUCCUUUUCCCACACCGAUAGAGAAAGAAACUAACCAGUCCUAACAAAUGCCUCAAUUUCUUUUGUACGAGCCAUGGGGUAUGAGUUUGUGGACAUGUGAAUCGAAGGGAGAGUCUGUUAUUUUCAUGGAGACACUGAUAUGGUAGAACGAUUUCAGCCCUCUACUGGGCAAUCCAUCUUAGUGCAGACUGAAGGACAACCACCCUGACAACCUCACUCAGCUGGAGAACUGUUGCCAUAAUAUGUCCAUCAACAGGAAAAUAGAAACAUUUUCUCAUAUCUAAUUUUUAUACACAGUAACAUUAAGAUGUACUGUAUUGACACUGUUGUUUUUUUGUAUGUUGAAAUGAACUACCGUACCAAAACUUUGUGCUACAAAAGAGGAAGGAAUAUUCAUCUCCAAUUUAUAAGCAAUAAUGUAUGUCGUGACACUGGUGAUUUGAAUGGAACAUGCUGGUGAACAAUUCCCGCAGAACUGAGAGGUGAGAUCUAGUGUAGUUUAUGAUUACUGGUAGCAUGAAGCUUUAUGAAAUAAUUGUCAGGGGGAGGAGACUGUUAAACAACAAUAACCUACUGUCAAAUGUGUAUCAGAACAUUACAUUGUUUUCUGUCUUAUUCCCAACCCCGCUGAACACAGGUCUCAAUACACUCCGUAUCGCCGUAGUCCAGCGCUCCGGUUGAGCUGACAUAUGCAGCCUCCUCAGAAGUGGGAACGUUGCCUUUAAAUUUAAAUUGCGCUAUAGCGACAAAUUAUGCCGAUACGGAUUGAAUUGAGCCCAUACUUACAUGAGAAGCUGAGAGCAGCACGGGAUCAUCCAGAGCAGCAUUAUCAAACCCAUUUUAUUGGUCACAUACACGUGUUUAGCAGAUGUUACUGCGGGUGUAGCGAAAUGCUUGUUUCUUGCGCCGAAAUUAGGGGUUAAGUGCCUUGCUCAAGGGCACAACAGCAGUAGAUGGCACCAGAGAUUUUGAUGCCAGCAUCCCUCUGGCCCAGUUCUUCCCUGUAAAAUUACUACAAGCUCACUGUUGGUAAACAUGAUGUAUUUCAAUAUGUGAAUCAUUAAAACGAUCUGCAUAUAGUAGCUAGGACCACAUGUAAAUGAGAUGCCAUAGGUGCUUUGAGACAUUGAGGAAUAUUACAAUAUA